AUGGCACCACAACAAUUCCCCAGCGUCUCGCGAGAGAGCACAUUUGCCAAAUUCCCCGCCGAGUACGCCGCCGACGCUCAAGACCAAAUCUCCGACAUCCUCGCAACAUCCCCAAUCAACCGACUCGUCGUGCUCGACGACGAUCCAACCGGGACACAAACCUGCCAUGACAUCUCCGUCCUGACAGUAUGGGACGUCCCAACCCUGGUAACCGAGUUCCAGGAGAAUUCACCGGGUUUCUUCAUUCUCACCAACUCGCGCGCCCUUGGCCCCGCCGACGCCGAGACUCUCAUCCGCACGAUAUGCAUCAAUGUCGCCGAAGCUGCGAAAGCUACGGGCAACAAGGUGGACAUCGUUCUCCGCGGUGAUAGCACAUUGCGUGGCCACUUCCCUCUCGAGCCGGACGUAGCACAGUCCGUCUUUGGACCCGCUGAUGCUCUCGUGCUCGCCCCGUUCUUCUUCCAAGGUGGUCGCUAUACCAUCGGUGAUGUACACUACGUCGCAGAGGGUGAAAAGCUCGUCCCCGCCGGCUCGACACAGUUCGCGCAGGAUGCGACCUUCGGAUACAAGAGCUCCAGUCUGCGAGAUUACGUGCUCGAAAAGGCACCCGGCCGGUUCAGCGAGGAUCAGCUGUGUUCUGUGACGAUCGAGGAGAUCCGUAAAGGUGGACCGGAUGCUGUUUGUGAGAAGCUGAUGACUGCGCCGAAAGGUGGUGUCGUUAUUGUAAAUGCGGCCGCCGAGUCGGACAUGCAUGUUUUCGUUGCCGGUUUGUUGCUCGCCGAGUCGAAGGGUAAACACUUCCUCUACCGCACGGGCGCAGCCUUCGUCUCGACCAGACUCGGCAUCCGCUCCAAAGCCCCCAUCUCCGCCGCUGAACUUCACCUCGCCUCGCCGCGACAAACCGGAGGACUAAUCGUGGCGGGCUCAUACGUCCCCAAGACCACGGCACAACUAAAGGUUCUAACCGACCGUCUCGGGGCAACCGGGAAGCUGGCGAUUAUCGAGAUCCAAGUCGAGGAGCUUAUCGCGUCGCCGCAGACGGCGGCACAGACUGUGCAGCGAGUAGUCAAAGAGACCGAGGAGCAUCUGCAGGCUGGACAGGACGUGCUGGUUAUGACGAGUCGGAAACUGAUUACGGGUGGCGAUGAGCUCUCGUCGUUGAAGAUUGGGUCGUCGGUUGCGGAGGCGUUGGUGAGUGUUUUGCAGCGGAUUGAGGUGCAGCCGAGGUAUAUCAUCGCCAAGGGCGGUAUCACUUCUUCGGAUGCCGCUACGAAGGGCUUGAAUGUUAAGCGGGCUACUAUAGUUGGCCAGGCUGCGCCAGGUGUGCCGCUUUGGAGGUGCGAUGAGCCGACGUCUCGUCAUCGGGGCGUGCCUUUUGUUGUCUUCCCUGGAAACGUAGGUGGAGAGGAGACACUUUGUGAGUUGGUGCAGGGGUGGCAUUAG